AUGGUCUACGCAGUAGAUCGCGAAACACCAAGAGCCCGGGCGGACUAUGUUGUGGGCUACGACGUGGUUGCAUUAUGUGUCGUUAUGAGGGUUGUCCUGUGUUUGACUGAUGGAAAACGGAAACAGGGCAAGGCCGUUUCUGAUGUCCCUCGCAUCUAUUAUGCAACUCGGAUUGUGUCUUGGACGGCGCGUAAGGAAGAAAUCCUGAUCAGUUAUUCUCAAAAUCGACAGGGCGUAGUAUGGCAUUUAAAUACUUCCUUGUUCGAUCGAGACCAUCGAAUAUUUCCGGAGCCAGCAAAGCACAUCAGGGGCAACUCAUAA